GGGGCUGGGACCCCCCGGAGGCCAGCAGUGGGCAGGGGAUGCCCGGCAGGGCAGUGGUAACUCUGCCCCAUCUCCCUCUCCCACCAGCCUCGUCCCCUGCGUUCUAUGGAUCCUGAGGUCUCCCUGCUCAUCCAGGGCCCGCUGGGCGGGCUUGCCGAAGAGCGGGUGCGGGCAGAGUUGAGCCCAGCUUACGACCGGCGCCCGCUGCCUGGAGGGGAGGACUCCAUCAUCGCCGCCUGGAACGCCCGCCGGCAGGCCCAGCCCUGGCUCUUCAAUGCUCCCAAGUUUCGACUGCACUCGGCAGCCCUGGGGCCCCCCGACCCUGGUGGGCCCUGCCUGACGCUGCGGAUGGGUCUCACCUCCUACCAGGACUUCCUGGGCACCAACUGGGCCAGUUCAGCAGGCAGGCUUCGGUGCCAGGGGAAAGCUGACUGGGGAGAUGCCCAAGCCUACUUGGCAGACCCGCUGGGAGUGGGUGCCAUGCUGGCCACUUCGGAUGGCUUCCUGGUCUUUCUCCGCCGGUCUCUGAGGGUGGCUGAGGCCCCUGGGCUGAUAGAUGUGCCUGGGGGGCACCCUGAGCCUCAGGCCCUGUUUCCUGGGGAGACGCCCCGGCACGAGGAUCUUCCUGGGGGCCUGGUGGUUCUGGAGCUGUUCUCAUCCAUUCUGCAGGAGAUCCGGGAUGAGGUGAACGUGCCGUUGUCGACUUUGAGCCGUCCCCUCCUUCUGGGCAUUGCCCGAAACGAGACCAGCGCGGGAAGGGCCAGUGCUGAAUUCUAUGUCAGCUGUAGCCUGACCUCUGAGCAGGUGAGGACCCUCUAUAUGAUGGGAGGACCGGAAGCUCAUGAAUCCACUGGCAUCAUCUUCAUGGAAGUGCAGGUGAGAGCUGGGAGCAGGAGGCCCGGGGAGCAAGAGAAGGUCAGACAGGCUGGGGGUGAGCGAGCCAGGGCUGAAGGUGAAUCACAUGGGCAGAAAGAAAAGAUGUUUUAAGAUGUUCCCAGCCAAGAUGGAGACUUUAAAGAGGGUAAGUAGGCAAUCCUGAAUCUGCGCAAUGGAUGUCUGGAGCCCAAGGGAAGUAAGUGGCUGGUCAGUGCUAGCUCCUGUGUGAAAGGUCUCGAGUGGAUGGCCAGCUCUGGGAGAGUCUGGAGCAGUCAUGGGAGUACCCUGGCUUACCCUGCCUUAAUGGGAGCAGACGAUGCACAAGCAAGAUGGUGUCAUGUUCAGCUGUGGGCGCAGCGUUUCAGGACUGGCAUUGAUAAAACAAAGCCUGUCUGGAGGAGGAUGGCCCAUGUGGGGAAAGAGGACAUAUUCACAUCACAGCCGUGGUAGAAAGAAAUGGGAAUGUUUAUCUUGGAGAAGAGAAGGCUGAGGGAUACAUGGAUGGCCGUCUUCUCAUCUCUGAAGGCUGACAAAUGGUAGAGGUACUCUGCUUGGCCCCAAAGAACAGAGCUGGAGCGCGAUGGGCACAAGGCUGCCUAGACUGCCUGAGGAGCCUGUAGGCUGCCCUUCCCUUCAAGCAAAGGCUGAAUGGUUCCCUGCCGGAGAUGGUGGAGAGGGCAUUCUGGGCGGGGAGGGAGGAUGGGUAGAUGCACAGAGGACCUCUGAGGUCCCUUCUGGUGGUAAGAAUGCAAGUAAGAGAGGAGGAUGCCCCAGCGUAGCCAGGAGGGAGGAGGUGAACCCUUAUCCAAGUCUGUCUUUCUGCACAGAGAGUCAGACGCCUGCAGGAGGAGUCUGAAGCCUGGAGCGAGCUCUGUCCCUCAGCCAAGGGCGCCAUUUUGCUCUACAACCUGGUCCA